AUGGCAGCGUGUCGCUCAGCAGGCAGAGCUUCAGCGAGGACGGCAGCCUGGUGGCGUACAGCAUCAGCUCCGGCGGGUCGGACUGGCAGACGAUCAAGGUGGCGGAGGUAUCCCGAGCCCGAGCACCAGGGGAAGUUGGAUCUGGGCCAAGAAACUGAGGGAUCAAGGAACCAGAUGCUUGCCUAUCAUGCCAUCGGAACCCCGCAGAGUGACGACUCGAUCGUCUAUGCCAUGCCCGACCAACCACUGUGGAUGCUGUCUUCGGAGGUGACAGAAGAUGGCAAGUACCUAUUGAUCUACCCCAGCCUGGGAACACACCCUGGGAACAAGGUGUACUACACUGAUCUGGAUGUGCUCCCACGGGGGCCCAAGGGGGCCAUCGACUUCUCAGAUUACGACUUCCACAGGGGGACCAAGAAGCUGCCCAUUGUGAAGCUUGUUGACACAAUCGAUGGCUCCUUCGACUAUAUCACCAACACAGGCACGGUAUUCACAUUCCACACCAACUACCAAGCACCCAGGUAUCGUGUGGUCCGCACGGAUUUCAAAUCGCCCGGGCAUCCCAAAUCGUGGCAGAAUGUCAUCCCUGAGCAUGGGAAGGACGUUCUAGAGUGGGCCGCUGCAGUCAAGGGUGACAACAUGGUGGUGUGCUACCUCAAGGACUGUUCCAACAUUCUGGAGCUGCGUAGCAUCGAGACGGGGGCUGUCAAGAUGCCAGUCAAGCUCCCAGGCAUUGGGUCGAUCAGCUCCUUCUCUGGGGACAGGAAGCUGACCCAGGUGUUCUUCUCUUUCAACUCAUUCAUCGAAGCCUCUUCCAUAUACCACUUCGACGUCAACACGUCCAAGGUGGAGGUGAAGCUCUUCAGGAGACCGUUCAUCUCUGGAUAUGAGCCGAACGAUUUUGUGACGAAGCAGGUCAUGGUCACGAGCAAGGAUGGCACUGAGGUGCCUUGCUUCAUGACACACAAGAAGGGAUUGAAAAUGGACGGGAACAACCCAACGCUGCUGUAUGGGUAUGGCGGGUUUAAUGUUAGCAUAUUGCCAACGUUCUCAGUCAGCCGGCUGUGCUUCAUGUUGGCGUACAACGGCGUUUCUGCAGUUGCCAACCUGCGAGGCGGUGGGGAGUACGGCAUAGCCUGGAGGGAUGCUGGGUCAAGAGAGAACAAGCAGAACGUCUUUGACGAUUUCCAGGCCUGUGCCGAGUACCUCAUCGCAGAGAAGUACACAUGUCCAGCGAAACUGGCCAUCAGAGGUGGCUCCAAUGGUGGUUUGUUGGUUGCGGCCUGUGCAAACCAACGGCCAGACUUGUACGGGUGCGUGUUGGCACAAGUUGGUGUCAUGGACAUGCUGCGUUUCCACCUCUUCACCAUCGGAUCUGCAUGGAUCCCUGAUUUUGGGGACCCUAACAACCCGCGCCACUUUGAAUAUUUGUUUGCCUACUCCCCACUACACAAUGUGCAGAUUCCCCAAGGCGGAACACAGCAGUAUCCUUCCAUGCUGCUAACUACAGGAGACCAUGACGAUCGGGUAUCGCCCCUCCACACACACAAAUUGUUGGCCACCCUCCAGUAUGUGUUGGCUGCUGACGCCAGCAGUGCACAGAGAAAUCCGCUCCUUGCAAGGAUCGAAGUCAAGGUGGGCCAUGGAGCAGGGAUGGCGACUGACAAAGUCAUCGAAGAGGAGACAGAUAUUGUUGGAUUCAUGGCAGCUGCUCUGCAGGCAAAAUGGGCUUUGUAG